CGAAUGCGCUUCGACAACAAGGUCGGCAUCACGGCCUGCGUAGUCUACUUCCUACUAAGUCAAAGCAUCGGUGCAGUUGGGAUCUUCAGCUCAGCUAUUGCCGUAUCAACAAUGUUUCCUAUUCCACUUGUAUAUUCUAACAUAGGAAUUGGUCUGGCCGGCACAAUAUACACCGCACUGGGAGGUCUUCGCGGCGUUGUUUGGGCUGACUGCAUCCAAGCUUUCGUCAUGUUUUUUUCGCCCAUUGUCAUCAUUAUCAAAGUUCUCUACGAUGCGAACACCGUCACUCCCCCACUACGCCCCAUGAGUGAUGUCAACGUAACGGAGAUGGCGUUCCGGCUGACUUUUGAUAUAACCAAUGACGAAAACUUGUGGAGUGGAUUUGCAGGAGCACUGCCGUUCGGUUUUGUUCGAACUGGAUUCGACCAGAUGGUGGUUCAGAGGUUCAUGGCUGCCAGGACAAUACGACAAGCAAAAGUAAUAGCUCUUGCAGGUCCAAUCUUCGUGCUCGUUUACUUCAUCAUAGGAGAAUUGACUGGCGUAUCUAUAAUAUAUUGGUUCAGAGACUGUGAUCCCGUGCUUCAUGGGGCCAUCAAGAGUUAUGAUCAGAUUGUUCCGUACUACAUGAUGAAGAACCUUGCUGAUGUGCCUAUUCUGAGAGGCUUAUUCUUGGCUGGACUCGUUGGAGCAUCGACAAGCACUGUUUCGUCGAUUGUCAACUCCCACGCAGCAAUAUUCUACGUCGACGUCGUCACGCCGUACGUCAAGCUGAACGAGAAGAAGGCCGUCAUUGUGAUGCGUCUCUUAGCUUUCGCAAGCGGCACCAUCAUGACAUUGGGCGCAAUAGCUGUGCCUUAUCUAGGCACCGCAGCACGGCUGUUUAUGUCUUUUUACUGCUCCACGGCUGGACCAUUUUCGGGCUCUUUCUCCUCGCCCUGUCGUCGCCGUGGGUGAAUGCAAAGGGCGCUGGCUGUUCAACCCUUCUAGUCUGCAUCUUCCUCCUGUGGCAUGCUCUUGGAAGGGGACUUUCCGACAUACCACCAGUUCCG